AACGCUAUGGUUAACCAAUCUACUGCUAGCGAUGAAUAUCGAUUAUUGAUAUCAAGAUUUAGGAAUGUCGUGAAAGUAUUCGCACAAAUGUAUUCUUUAAUGAACAGACAGAUUGGAGAGGCAAUCAUGAGAGCAGAUGAAGAUAGUACAGCUUUUGUCAGUUUAUCAGCUGCCUCAUUUGCUGAGUCGCCUAAAUAUAGUGAUAUAAGUGAUAGUAGCUUAUAUCUGUUAAAUUGCGAUAUCACUGUACUAAAGUCUGUGUAUAUUUUGAUUUGGCAAUUUGGUGGCGAAACUAAAAUUGCUGUGAAAACUGCUGCUAAUUCAGCUGUAGAAGGCGAGGAAAAUAAUGCUGCUAAUGCAGAAGAAUAUGAUAAUAAUAGUGUUGAAGUAGAAGAACUAAAAUUUGAUCUAAGUUCUAAGAGGUAUAGCGCUGUUUCUGUGGAGGCCCAAAUAUAA